AUGGGCAACAGCUACACCCGCGAGGAUUCGGUCGACUCGGGCGGGCGGAGCGGCAGUUCCCGACGCAGCAGCUUCCUCAGGAGGUACAACAAGUCCUUCAAGUCCCGCGACUCCGAGAGCCUCAGGGGUUACUCGGAGGACGAGGCCACCGACAGCGACCGGGAGAGGCCCCUCGAGGGUGACCUCGGCAGGAGACUGACGAAGCAGAGGACCAUCGAGGCGGCCCUCGGCGGAGCGGACGAAGAGAGGAAGGAGGCGGAGCAGAAGAGGGUCGAGGAGGACGAGGAGAGCGAGGAGCCGCCGGAGGAGCUGACGGAGGAGCAGAAGGAGACGGUGAAGCGGACCUGGAAAAUCAUCGAGGAGAGCGUCGCUAAGGUCGGCGUGGUUCUCUUCAUGGGGCUGUUCGAGACGCACCCUGACGUCCAGGAAGUUUUCAUCCCCUUCAGAGGACUCCCCAUGGAGGAAGUGCAGCAGUCCAAGGAGUUGAGGGCACACGCGCUGAGGGUGAUGGGCUUCAUGGAGAAGGCGGUGCGGCGGCUGGACCAACCCGAUAAGCUGGUUCCGCUGAUCCAGGAGUGCGGGAGGAACCACUGUCGCUACGGCGCUCAGGUGCAGCACGUGGAGUUGCUCCUUCAUCAACAUACCAUUAUUGACAUCAACAAGGGGCUGGGGGACCAAAUAUUGCACAUGGACAUAAUGCAGAUGGAUCCUCAUAUCCGUAGAAUGUAUCUGAUUGUGCGGUUCAUAUUGUUCAUUGGAUAUCAACAUUUUCGCUACCAAGGAACCCUUUUAUCUAAAUUAGUUUCUCAAAAGACUCAAGGCUUAUGGAAGAUCUGUUUACACAUGUACCAACCAUUCGAUAACGAUGUAUUCCGAGUAGGUUAUAAAUACUUAUCAAGUGUUGAUGUCCUUUCAAAUAUUGUACUUAGCUCAAGACUCCUCUGUAUUGCUUUGAUGGACCCGAGGCGCCAGAAAACACAAGUUAAAAACCACUGA